CUUCCGUAAUAUUAAACAUUGUGUCAUCGUCAAGAAAAAUAUCAAAACAUUUUUGUUCUUGUAUUUAGAUUUCGCAAAUCUCAUCACGAGUUAUGUAAACGCACUAAAGACAGAUAGAACUUUGAAGUGUCAAGAAGCAUAUGAACAAGUGUCUUGUGAGCGCAAUGAGCGAGCUUUGAACAAGGUACUCACAGAGUUUAAAAAAGACAUGGACAAACUUCAACAUAUAGAAAACAAAGAGAAGCUUCAGACCAUGUUCCUCCCAUUGUUUGAUAAGGCAUUUUCUAAAUACCGGGAAGACUCAUUGGUAUACUUUCAAGACAAGUAUGAAGACAAACUUCUGGCGGAAAUAAAAGCCUAUUUAGAUAUGAUGAAAAAUCAAAUAAAUAAAAAAUGCAAGGAAAACGGAAUGAAGGAAUUGUCGAAGAUGUAUGAUGAAAUGCAAAAAAGGAACAAAAGUAGAUACCUGACGGAUAAGUCACAAAUCUACAGUUACUAUGAAGCUGACAUGGAAAAACUAAAACAAGAUUUUUUCGAAGCGAAAAAGCUGUAUGACAAAGAUGUUAUAUUUGAGUGCUUUGACGAGUUUUUGAAGAGCAAACAUGAUGAAAAGACGACACGGUACCGCGAUGCAACUGGACAAAAGUACAAAGACCAAUACGAUGAAUUUUGCCGUGAAUCUCACUGGCGGACGGAACAUCAAUUCAAACGUAUACGUGACAAAGAGCUAGUGAAAAGAGAUCAAUAUCUAGAGAUGCAACUGGCAGAGCUAAGACUUAAAUAUGAGAAACUGCAUAAAUCUCUCUCGCAAAAAGACCGUUGUUCAAUUAUGUAAAAGAUACGAAUCGUGUUAUUUCACAAUUUCUUGAAAACUAGUUCAAUCUACAAUAUUUGAGGAAGAAACAAACAUCAGAUUAAAUGUAAACAGUUAUGUACACUUGUAAAUCUUUCAAUUAUUUCGUAAUAACGAACUAUAUAAAUAUCACGGAGGUUAGGGACACCAUAUGAACCGGACUGUAUUGCAUUACAAAAUUGUUUUAUUGCCUUUUUGUGCUGGCCAAUCAAUGACUUGUUAGUAUGAUCAAUAUAAACGCAAUUUCAUUUUAAACUGACUUUAUUUCAUAUGAUUUUUCUGUAAAAAGUAAUACAUGUAUUAGUGCUUUGAUACAUUUAAGUUGAAUAAUACUUACCAGUGUGUUAUAUAUCCUAACACUUGUUAUCUUCGUAAUCUUCCAAUUUGCCUUUAACAUUGUUUUUGAUUUGCUAUCAUUUUACAAUUUCUUGAAUUUUAAAAGUAUUUUAUGUUAACACUUUUCUGAAGGAAAAAAGAAGAAAAAGAAAUGUUUCGCAAUGAUUUGCAUGAUCCAUAUUCAAAUAAGGUCGAUUUCUUUUUGUUACAAGACAAUUUAUCCCCAAUUAUGCUUUUGUUUUUAUUUUUUCGAACGUUUUUUAAUUUUGUUUUUAGUUUCUUGUUUGCCAUUUAAUUGAAUCAUAUUCAGCUUAUAGGCAAUUAGUUAUUAUUAUGAUGUAAUACUUUGUAUAGAAGUUAAAAUAUUACAUUGUUUAUAGUUUGCUACUUAUAUGACCAUACAUUCAACGCUAUAUUUCUCAUGUGAUUAGUUUCUAACAUGCUCUUAAAGCAUUAGUUAAACUUUAUAAAGCUCAUGUUUUCCCUUUUUAACAAAAGAAAAAGAAAUCUGAUCAAUAAUGUACCUUUAAGAUAUAUAUACAGAAGCUUAUGUUUCUAUAUCCACUUAUUUUAUCCUUUUUAUGAUAAAUCUGUCUAUUUUUAAUAUAACUACAAGUGUGAUGUAUCCGCACUGAACCGCUUUUCGAUAGAUAAAUAAAUACAUACUAUUAAAUAUUUUAAUGACAUACAUGUAUGUACUUAUUAUAUAACAAUUAUUCGUAAAAAAACAAACAAACAACAUUGCAGGAGUUUUUGACAAUAAAGUUACUCUCCCCAUGUAGAGGAUUGAUCAAAAAGUUCUUGGCCCGAUGUACUUCCGGUAGUCAGAGAACUCAACUAAUAGUCUUUCUUUUCUAUAUAAUAGCCCUCAAAAUCAAUGCACUUUGCCCACCUGUUCUCCAACUUGUUUAACCCUUCAAAAUAGAACUCUCUAUUUGGUCCUCAAAAAACUCAUUGACCGCCUCCAUUACACCUUCAUUGCUUCCAAAACGUCAACCACGAAGCUUGCUUUUCAGUUUUGGAAACAGGUAGAAGUCAGAGGGGGCCAAGUCCGGAGAAUAUGGGGGAUGCGGAAGAAUUUCAAAGCCGCAUUCAGUUGCAGGAGCCAUCGCAACUUGGGAUGUGUGAGCUGGCGCAUUUUCGCGCAGGAGCAUAACGUCUCCAGUAAGUUGGCCCCUCCUUUUACGCGCGAUUUCUUGAAACAAACUUCUCAAUUCGUCUGCAUAGUACGUACCGUUUAUGGUAUGCCCUGUUCAAUAUAGUCAAUCAUGAUUACCCCCUGACUAUCCCAAAAAGUUUAAGCCAUAAUCUUCCCUACUGAUGCCACCCUGUUGAAUUUCUUCGGAGGGGAUAAGCCAGGGUACUCCCACUGAAUACUCUGGGGUUUUUUUUAUUCUGGAUCGAAGUGAUGGAGCCAUGUUUCAUCCGAGCUACGGUAGAUAAAAUCAGGUACAUCCUAGUGGCGAGACAAAAAAUAUCUUGAAAUGUCAAACCUGGUCCGUGUCUGGUCGUCAGUCAACUGUCUGGGGACCAAAUCGCUACCUUUGACAUGCAUUAGACAUCAGUCAGAAUUGCCUGAACUGAACCAAAGCUUAUACUCCCUUCCCUAGCAAUGCUUCGCAGGGUUCUGUCGCAUAUGACCAGAUCAUGCACAGCUUCGGCAGUUUCAUCACUGGUGGCCUCUUUUGGCCGCCAAGGCCGCUCAUCAUUUCCAAUGCUCUCCUUGUCCCUCUUAGAUUCAGCAGUCCAAUUUUUCACAGUUUUUCAUGUACUGCAACUUCACAAUAAGUUACAAAAAAAUCGACAUGUCACCUCGACAUAUUUUUCG